CUUCCAUUGGUCAAACCUGACGUAACGACUGUAUUUAUAUGCGUUAUUGGGUGAAAAAAGUAUCGACCUUUGACUUGACAACUUGCGUUAAGGAUAGAGAUGCGUAGAUCGACGAGUGGUUCUAGAGUUUCGGAUCAGUCUCCGGCGAAGACCCCGCCUCCGCCACGAUCUCAGAGUGUUACAGCUAUGGAAGAUGAUGAUGUAGAGCUGCUUUUGCCUCGGUACGACCCGAAUUCUCAAGCGGGGAAGAGAGAAAAAUCAAGAUUCAGAUCUGCAGAAAACGUCAUCCAUCUCAUUCCUCUCAUUCUUCUUCUGUGUGUCAUAAUCCUCUGGCUCUUCUCUCAUUCAGCAGCCUUAAGGAGUUGAGUUCAAGAAGCAAAAAUGUUGUCUUGUCUCCAUGGGAACUCAUUUCAGUUUUGAGGGAAGGAAACAACUGUUUUUUUACUGCCGGUGAUUUUGUGCCGCAACGCAAAGCCAUACGUAACUCUUGCAUUUUUUGGUUGAUGUUGUUUACACACACAUUACACAUUCAUAGAGAGAAUAGGCUAUCUCACCAAAUAGCCUAUUUUUGUUUGUUUUGAUUUAAAUGUAAAAAGUUUGGUAUGUAUCCACAAUUUCAAGUUUUCAA